AUGUCUGACCGAUUUUCUUCGGUGCUGGAAUUGGAAGACGUCAACCGCCGGACGCCGCUUUCAUACGCAGCCGAACAAGGUGACGUUGAUGCCGUCACGGGGCUGUUGAAUCAGGGUGCAAAUUAUCAGGCGGUUGAUGCAUCGGGGAGGACUCCCGUGUUCUGGGCUGCCGUCGGAGGCCACGUCGAUGUGAUCAAGAAGCUUAUAGCGUGCGGCGCGGAAUGGAAGGUUGAGGAUGCUUCUGGCCGCACUCCUCUGUCGUACGCCGCCGAGGGCGGACACCAUGAUGCAGCUUGUGAGUUGGUGACGGCGGAGGCUCCUGGGUCAUCUUCACAAUCCGAGGACGACGCGGAAGGGUCGGGUGGAGGAGACGCUCACAACGGUUCCGGCAACGACUCGGAUGAUUUGUCCAUAGCUUCGACUGCUUCCAUCGUCUUGCCACUGAAUCUCGCGGUCCGCCGCGCGGAUGAGGCCGCCGUCAGGGCCCUACUGCAGCAUGGCAUGGACAUGUAUCACGACUCGGCCGUGGGAGAAGAUCCGCAGCCAGUUCUACUCGCGGCCAAGAGUGGCAAUGUUGAAAUCUUGAAUAUGCUUCUGGACGCUGGCCUUCCCCUGGACAGCGCCGAGGACAUGUAUGGGCGGACGGCGUUGAUGUGUGCCGCUGCAAAAGGCCACGAAUCCAUCGUCGAAAUUCUGCUGGCGAGGCCGGAUAAUCAGCUCGACAGCCAGGAUGAAACGGGGAAGAAUGCACUGUCGUACGCUGUAGAGGGAGAACACGAAAACAUUGCCGAGAUGCUGCGGCAGGCAGGUCUGAGCGAGGAGCAAGAUGAAGAAGCCGGGUCUGAGACGUCUUCCGCUCCCGCUACUGACGACGAUGCGGUCGAGGAAACGCACGCGCCCGUCACCCCUGCUGAUGGACCGGAAGAAUUGAGCAUGGCGCAUGGGACACAGAACAAGGAGGUCGUUCUCCGCCAGCAGGGUGAGGGUGGCCUUGGCUUCAACGCCUUUGACAGCGGCAAACCAAGCGCGCUCUCAUUGGCCAUACAGCAUAAUGAUGCUCAAAAGGCACAUAUUUUGGCAAGGAACAGCGGGACGGAUGGUACUGCCAAGGAUAACCAGGGCAUGACUCCUUUACUGUGGUCGGUCAAGUCCAAUAUGCCAUCAGUGACACGGAUGCUCAUGGCCACAAAACACGCGCUACACGCGGACAACCAGGGCCGGAACCUCAUUCACCACGCAGCCAUGGCGGACAACGGUGAGAUUUUCCAAUUUCUCCUGAAAAUGGGGGUUCCCGUUGAUGAGCCAGACAACUCUGGCCGAACACCGCUCUCGUACGCUGCAGAGCUGGACCGAGUCGACAUUGUCAAGCUGCUUCUUCACGAUGCCAAAGUGGAUGUCAAUCGUGCCGACAAUGGCGGCCGAACACCGCUUUCGUAUGCCGCGCAGGGGGACUCGGACCAGACGAUAGAGCUACUGCUGGAGAGACCCGAAAUCCAAGUGACUUUGGCCUCUCAGAAUGGACGGACGCCGCUGUCAUAUGCCUGCGUUCACUCGACGCACUCGGAACCGACAUUUGAGUUGCUGAUCGCCGUCGACGCUUCCGUUGCCGACAUUGAAGACAAAGAUGGCCGCACUCCCAUCUCCUGGGCUGCAGGUGCGGGCUCGGCCGCUGUAUGCUCUCGGCUCAUUUCCCUCGGGGUCGACGUCGAUCGCAAGGACAAGAAUGGGAGGAGCCCUCUAUCUCAUGCAGCCGGAGGGGUCCACGCCGAGGUCGUACGUAUCCUACUUGAAACACAGCGGGUUGAUAGGGCGUCUAGGUGUGCGGCCGGACGGAGACCGCUGGACUGGGCAGUACAUGAUUACGAGUCUGAACUGGAGCCUCAUCUCCACUGGGAGCGAUAUGAAGAACGGAAAUGGGCCAUUGUGUACAUGCUCAUCACAGGCGACCUGGAUCAAGCUCCGUCCGUCAAUUCCAUAGAGAGUCUACUCAAAGAGGCCAUUGAGCGCGACAAGCCGCAGGUAGUGUCAGAGCUCGUCCCCUCUCCGUUGGCCAAGGACAUAUACUAUCCGUCCGAGCUGAUUGAGCAUGUCAUGGAGCAUGGGUCCGAUGAGAUGGCGAGAGUCGUCUUUACGGCCUUCACGAAAAGCGGGAUUGAAUUGUCCCACGCCUCGGUCCUGUCUAGUGCAGCAUCAGCCGGAAGGACCGCGCUAGUUGAAGAGCUACUCGGCCAGGAGAAGGCGUCGGAAGCCGAUGACGAGAAUCUCAUCUCUCAAGCAGCCGCCAACGGGCGUGUAGAGACGAUACGAAUGCUUCUCGAAAAAGAAGGCACAGAUGUCAAUCAAGCGGAUGCAGAUGGCAAGACACCUCUGGUGUUGGCAUGCAUUCAUGGCCAAGAAGACACUGUCAAGCUGCUGCUCGAAUGCCCGGGGACUAAUGUCAAUGCUGCGGACAAGGGCGGACGGACAGCCGUGUCCCACGCUGCCAGUGCUUGGUACCCUGGAUGUCUGAAGUUGCUCUUGGCAGACCCGAGGGUCGACGCGAAACGGCAAGAUUCCCAAGGCCGGUCGCCAUUGUGGUAUGCGGUCGCCGCAUGGCACCGCAAGGCCAUCUCUGCCCUUUUAGACGCUGCAUAG